CGGCGGCGCGGGGCCUGCUGACCGGGCUGUGUCCGUCCGUUCUGCGCAUGCUCAGUGCGGUCCUGCCCCAUGGCGGCGGCGCGGGGCCUGCUGACCGGGCUGUGUCCGUCCGUUCUGCGCAGGCUCAGUGAGGUCCUGGACGCGGCGGGGCCGGACCGGGGAUGGCGGCAGCUGGCGGAGCGGGCGGCGGGCGGCGGGAUCCGGGUCAGCCCUCUGGACCUGGAGCAGUGCUCCCUGCAAGUGCUGGAGCCAGAGGGAAGUCCCAGUUGGAGCCUCCUGAAGCUGCUGGGAGACCGUGGCUGCACCGUGCUGGAGCUGGUGGAGUUCCUGCAGGCCCUGGAGCACACAGAGGCUCUGCAGUGCCUCAGCCUGUCAGCAAUCCAGAUUGUUGUGCAGCCAGACUCGCAGUCAGUGCUCCCUGGACAGAUGGUCAAGCUGUCUUGUUGGGCAACAGGACACCCGUUUGUGCAUUACCAGUGGUUCAAGCAGGAGAAAGAGGUUCCCAAUGGCAACUCUCCAGAGCUGGUGUUUAACCCAGUGACUGUGAAUGACUCUGGCUUCUACAUCUGCCGAGUGAACAGUGAGUCCUCCUUCGUGUUCAGUCGCUGGGCACACCUGCAAGUCUGUCGUCUGCAGGGGACACCUGAUGGGAGCUUAGCUGCUUUGCCUGGGAACAAGCUGCACAUCUGUGUUCAGCCUCAGGCCCAGAGCCUGGCAGUGGGGGAUGCUUUGGUGCUGGAGUGUGCAGCUGUUGGAGCCCCCAUUCCUCAGUACCAGUGGUUCAGAAAUGGAUUCCCCUUGGCAAAUGGGAGCAAAAGUGUCUAUAUGGUCACUUACGUGGAUGUGGAGCAUCAAGGGACAUACUGGUGUCAUGUGUUCAAUGAGCAGGGAGAGGAGGACAGCAACAAGAUAGAAGUUGUCAUAGGAAGGAAAGCUAUGGCAGUGGAGUGCUCAGAAGAAGACCUCAGUGAUCUUCAGAAACCAGAGCUGCAAGAACAGGCAGAUCACAGACCUGUUGCAACAGACAAGGUGGCUCUGUUGAUAGGGAACAUGAGCUACUGGAACCAUCCCCAGCUCAAGGCUCCCAUGGUGGAUGUCUAUGAGCUGACCAACCUGCUGAGGCAGCUGGAUUUCAAAGUGGUUUCCUUGCUGGAUCUCACUGAGCCCGAGAUGAGGAAUGCAGUGGAUGAGUUUCUGCUCCUCUUGGACAAAGGAGUGUAUGGUCUGUUAUACUAUGCUGGCCAUGGCUAUGAAAACUAUGGGAACAGCUUCAUGGUUCCUAUUGAUGCCCCAAACCCCUAUCGCUCAGCAAACUGCCUGUGUGUGCAGAACAUCCUCAAACGGAUGCAGGAGAAGGAGACAGGACUCAAUGUGUUCCUGCUGGAUAUGUGUCGGAAGAGGAACGAGUACGACGACACGAUCCUCAUCUUGGAUGCUCUGAAGGUUACAGCCAACAUUGUCUUUGGAUAUGCCACGUGCCAGGGAGCAGAAGCUUUUGAGAUCCAGCAGUCAGGCUUGGCCAACGGGAUCUUCAUGAAGUUCCUGAAGGAUCGCUUGCUGGAGGACAAGAAGAUCACUGUGCUGCUCGAUGAGGUGGCAGAAGACAUGGGCAAGUGCCACCUAACCAAAGGCAAGCAGGCUCUGGAGAUCCGCAGCAGUCUGUCUGAGAAGAGGGCCCUGACUGAUCCCAUCCAACAGGCUGGAUCCUCUGCAGAGACCCAGGCCCGGAACCUCCAGUGGGCCAAGGCUCAUGAGCUUCCAGAAAGCAGGUACCUGGAGUUCAAGUGUGGGGUUCAGAUCCAGUUGGGCUUCGCAGCCGAGUUCUCCAAUGUCAUGAUCAUCUACACCCGGAUAGUGAAGCAGCCACCUGAGGUCGUGGUUUGCAGAGCCUACGUUACAGACUUUGCACUGGACCUGGAUGUGGAUCCUAAAGAGGCCAACAGAGGAACUCCUGAGGAAACUGGAAGCUAUUUGGUCUCCAAGGACCUUCCCAAGCACUGCCUCUACACCAGGCUCAGCUCACUGCAGAAGCUGAGGGAGCACUUGGUCUUCACCGUCUGCCUGCACUAUGAGUACCCAGGAACAGAGUAUACAAUGGAUGAGAGGAAGGAAGUUAACGUUGGGAAGCCCCUGAUUGCUAAGCUGAGCCUUCAUCAGGGGUUCAGAGCCAGCAGCUGCCUCCAGACCUGUUGUCUGGCCCAGAAUCAUUUUCCUCAUCACAUGGAAUCGAGUCCAGUGGCAAGUGAAUACUUCAUCCCUGGCCACUGCCAGCCCAGUUCCUGCCCAGGCAUCUGCCUUCCACACCAGGUGUGCUCAGGCAGCACCAGACAACCAGAGGCCUGUGCCUGCAAUGGGAUAUUGGCUUCCAGGCAUGAAGCAGGGAACUACCGACCCCCUGUGGAGGAGAGUAAUGUCCCAGUGGAGACCACUGAUGAUACUGUUGAACUGGAAUCCCUCCUCUCUGACAAGCUCAGGGUCUCUAAGCAGCAGUGUCUGUGAUGUGACAUGGGAAAGGGGUUUCCAUGUCACCUGAGAUUAGCAUGACUAAAACUCCAUGAGCCCCAGGAUGAUAAAUGUGCCUUUGAGCCUCACUUGUUCAGUAUCAUGGGUUACUUGCAUCCUCACAUAAGGUUUUGUGUGUUCAUACCUGUUUUAGCAGCCUCCUGACACAUACUGUAAAUGAACUGAGCAGAGGAGGCUCUUACAGAGGGUGAAGACAUCAUGGUUUCAUAUUCCAGUGUUAAGAACAUGUCUCCUUCAAGCCUCAGUUUGUUUCCUUCCUCGUGUAUGUAUUAGGAUCAGUCACUGCCAUUCCAGCCCCUUGGAUGCAGCUCUGCUGUGUUCUCCUCUGCCAUGCUCAGAGUGGCAGGAGCUGACAGAUGGAUGCAGAGCUGUGCAAGGGAACCAGACCUGAGCUGAGCUGCUUGUCUUUGAGGGAGCCAAGCACAGGUGCAUGUGGUGCAUUGUCCUUGUAGGAUAAUGUCUGUAGGUAAGACCCUGAAGAUGGUUUUUCAGGUUGUGGAAGGACACUUGAGUGCAGGUGUGAGGAGAGAGCCUGUUACAGCACGUGAAGCAUGGGACAGGUAAUGACACAGCAAGGCAGGAGGGAGGCUGAGAGGGACUAGGCCAGGUGAGUGAAACUGAGGUUCUUUAGGGCUGCUGCUUCUGGGCACAGUGGGGACUUAAAGCUGACACCAACCCCUGCUCAGGUUUGGGCACCUCCAGAGGAAGCUGAUCCUCUAUGGGAGGCAGGUGACCUCCAUAUGGGGCUUUGAUGGGCAAGGGAAUGGAGAGACCCAGGCUGGGCUGAGCUGCUGCAGAGUCCAUUGGUCUCUGUCAGUCCUGCUCAACCAAACUGCUUUACAGACCCAGGUUACAUGGUCUGGUCAGAACAGGUUUGUUGAUGCUUACAUCAUUCACUGCAAGUGUUGAUGUUCAGGGUUUAGGUACAUGGAUAUUAAUGUAGGUACAUCCAGAGGGACAGCAGUGCUCAAAGUAACCUGCCAAGAGCUGCAGUUUGGUUGUCUCCUGGAGUAGUGAAGUAUUGAGGACUGGAAGGUACCUGUGCAUGAAGUGUCCUGGGACUCACAACUGGUGAGUUACAGCUUGACCCAUGGUCUGGUCCUGUAAUGUUCAGCUACACUUUGUCACAGUUCCUGUUGUGUAUGAAACUCAUUGUGUAAUAAACUGUUGUUCACAAAA